AUGGCGACGGUGUGGUUGUUGGUGUUUCUGGUAUCACUUGUCUCAGCUACGAUAGAGGAUAUACAAGAUGAUCGUAGAUUCAUUUCACACAACGAUCUACUUGUGAGUGCGAAUCGAUUUACGGACCCAAACGUGACUUCCUAUUCCCGAAUGCUGAUCGACGUUUCCGGGGAUCAACUUAUCGUCGGAGCAAGGGACAACCUGUUCCGAUUUUCGCUGCGUCUGGAUGAAAUCGAACGGGCACCAUGGGAGGUGCCGGUCAGCAUGCGUGAUCUCUGCCUGCAAAAGGGUCAAUCGGAAGAUGCCUGCCAUAACUACGUGAUGGUGCUGCAAAGUUACGGCAAUCAGGUGUAUGCUUGCGGUACACACGCCUUUCAUCCACGCUGUACCGUGCGCCACAUGGAGGACCUGUCCGUGACGAGAAACGAUGACGGUGUGGCUAAGUGUCCUUUCAACCCGAACGCUAACAUGACUGCUCUGAUGUCGGAAUCGGGACAACUGUUCGUGGGUACGGCGACUGACUUUUCCGGGCUCGAUUCCGCUAUCAUGCGUUCGGACAUUACCCAGAAUAAUGCACGGAUUCUGCGCACGGUUCAGUACAAUUCACUGUGGCUGAAUGAACCACAGUUUGCCGGUAGUUUCGAGCACGGUGGAUUCAUUUACUUCGUACUGCGUGAGGCAGCGGUAGAGUAUAUGAACUGUGGAAAGAUCAUCUACUCGCGGAUUGCACGUGUUUGUAAGAACGAUCCCGGUGGCACAUUGGGCAUUCUGAAGGAUAACUGGACGUCGUUUGUGAAGGCUCAGCUGAACUGUUCCCUGCCCGGAAAUUAUCCGUUCUACUACAACGAGGUGCAGGGUAUGGUGUAUUCGCAGGACGAAGGUGUUCUGUAUGCGACCUUCACCACUCCAGAGAACAGCAUUCACGGAUCAGCCAUCUGCGCGUACAACAUGUCCGCUAUUCAAACCGCAUUCGACGGUGCCUUCAAGUAUCAGGAAUCGAAGGGAGCAGCCUGGCGCGCUCAGGAUGUCACGAAUCGGGAUCAUUACGAGUGUCGUGGUGUUGGCACUAAUGGACGCCAUAUGUCGCUUAUCGAGUCGUCCAAGUACCAGUUGAUGGAUCAAGCCAUUCAACCGAUCACAGGACGCCCUUUGUACCAUACGGCGCUGGAGCGCUUGAGUCACAUUGCGAUCGAUAUCAUCCCGACCAAACUGCACGAACGUGUACACAUCAUUUACGUUUCGACCGAUGCAGGUACGAUCAAGAAGAUCUCGGUACUGCCCCGAACCAAAGACACGUGUGUGAUUGAAAUUUGGCAACCGGAGGAACAUCCGGAAACACCGAUCAAGGUGAUGCAGUACGUGAAGGACACCGAAUCGCUGUACGUCGGGACGGAGCGUGCGCUGAUGCGUAUUCCGGCGAAUCACUGUGGACGACAUCUGUCUCGCACGAGCUGUCUUAACUCGAUGGAUCCUUACUGUGGAUGGAACGAGCUACAGGAGGCUUGCACGAUCGCACCAAACGGAGAUACACUCGCACGGUACUGGGUACAGAAUGCGACCGAAUGUCCCGUACUCACUGCUCCUGUAGAUGGUGGUUGGUCAGCAUGGUCCGGUUGGUUCCGCUGUGCGCAAUCACCCGGCCCGGCUGGAGCUGCAGGUGGAGGCUCAGGUACAACAGGUGAAGAAUUUGGUCCUAACGCCGACACGUGUUUGUGUAGAACGCGCACGUGUAAUAAUCCCCUACCAAAGAAUGGUGGCCGUGCUUGUACCGGGAUGCAUAUCGCCGUCACCAACUGUACCGUGCACGGUGGCUGGACGGAAUGGUCGGCAUGGUCGGCUUGCUCGCAAACCUGUGGUAUGGCUGUGAAGACGCGUCGUCGCACCUGUGGCAAUCCAAAGCCAGCGCACGGAGGACGCGUAUGUGUCGGUCCGGAUCGGGCUGAGAUUUACUGCUCACACCUACCACCGUGUCCAGCUCCGAAACAACCUCCCAUCGAUGGUGGCUGGGGUCCGUACGGAGACUUUGGUGAGUGUAGUGCGGUUUGUGGUGGAGGAUUCCGGAUAAGGCGUCGCAAGUGCGAUAACCCUGUGCCACAGAACGGAGGGAUGGAUUGUUCGGGAUGCCACUUUGACUACGAAGUGUGUAAUACACAAUCGUGUCCGGAUGUUCGGAAAGCGGGCACAUGGACUCCUUGGUUGACUGUGCCGAAUGGAACAACUAUGACCGGUGGAUACGUGGAGAAGCGAUUCCGAUUCACUUGCAAGGCGCCGAUUGCGGAUUCCGCUUUGCUGAAGAUUACACCGAAAGAAGAGAUCCGCGUGUGUCAGGCGGACGGCUCCUGCCAGCGAUCGAUCGAUCCGAACGCACUGGCGACGGGUUUGACGGGGGGUGAAGAUGGAGAGGAUGGUUGGAGCGAAUGGAGCUCGUGGAGUCCUUGCAGUGCAUCCUGUGGUGGAGGCUAUCAGCAUCGUACGCGCACCUGUGAGAAGCUGGAGUGUGUAGGUUUCAACAAGACGCGUAGAGCCUGCAAUACGCAACCCUGCAGAGGUAAGAUCGUAUUUCUACGGUACGGAGAUCGCAUGCAUAUUAAUAUCUUCUUGUGCUUCACAGGCGAAUGGGGCUGCUGGACAGAUUGGUCACCAUGUUCGGUGAGCUGCGGCACUGGUACUCGAUCACGGUCACGUCAAUGCCUGUCGAUGUCCGGUAGCAUUACGCCCGAAAACGAUUGCGAAGGUAAAAGCAUUCAGUAUGAGAGCUGCGACAUGCCGAGUUGUGACUCUUUCCUUGGCUGGGGCGAAUGGAGCGAAUGGUCACCGUGUAAUGCGGACAAUGAGAAGAUUCGCACACGCGCCUGUCUUCAACCACAUUCGGUCUCGUCUACCGGUGAACUCACGUGCCAAGGCAGUGAUCGUGAACUGCGCAAGUGUAACAUCGAACAAUCCAAUGAUGUUCCUCUGCCACCGGCUGCCGUGUACGUGUCAUCCAUUUCGGCCAUUGUGAUCGCCGUUCUGGUAACGAUGGUUGUGGUCUGCAGUAUCACCAUACCCGCAACCGUGAUCCUCGUUAACAAGAAGAAGAAAGGCCUGAAAGCGAUCCAGGGUUCGCCGUGCUACGGUUCCUACCCAAACCAAUACUCCUCACUACCGACCAAGGAUUACACCGAUGGUGGUCACAAACCCAAACGACAGUCAUCCUUCAAGGGUUCGCGUAACGAUGCGAGUGGAUCGAAGCUUUCCAACGGUACCGGUACGCUAGUUAAGUCCAUCAACGUGAACGGUGGCCCGCUUGGUAAUAAUACGCCGAAAAUUCUUUCCAAAUCGUUCAACGAAACCGAUACGGCAACGAUCAAGCGCAAUUCGCACGGUCCCAACAAUAUUCGGCAUGCUCGACAGCUGGAAAUGGAUGAGGACAAGUACUGACCG